UGAUGAAAUUAUGAAAGUAAAUUUUAGAUUUUUCUAAAAGAGUGUUGUCUCGACACGAGUGAUAUAUAUAGUUUAUACAACGAGACAACCUCUAAGGGAGGUUGGUUGAAGUUUGAUCAAAAUAAUUUGACACUAAAACUUAAUAAUUACAAUUAAUCCAGGAUAUCCGGCUAGACGGAGUUAUUAAGAAUAAAAUAACGUGUUCUGCUAAAUUACGAUAUCAUGGCGGUUCCCACGGCCGGUGUAGUGGUUCCUAGAAAUUUCCGUCUGUUGGAAGAAUUGGAGCAGGGACAAAAAGGUGUUGGAGAUGGUACAAUUAGUUGGGGAUUAGAAAAUGAUGAUGACAUGACUCUGACUCAUUGGACCGGAAUGAUUAUCGGACCACCUAGGACACCGUAUGAGAAUAGAAUGUACAGUUUAAAAAUUGAUUGCGGGGCUAGAUACCCAGAUGAUGCACCGAGUGUAAGAUUUUUAAGUAGAAUCAACAUGAAUUGUAUCAACAGCAACACUGGAGCGGUGGAUAAUCGCAGUGUGCCUAUGUUGGUCAAAUGGCAACGAGAAUACACAAUUAAAACAGUUUUGCAGGAACUCCGUCGUUUAAUGACGUUGAAAGAGAAUAUGAAACUAUCCCAACCACCUGAGGGAAGUACUUUUUAGCCUAGCCACAACAACAAUUUGUAUCUUCCUUUUUACUGCGGCAAGAGGCAACAUCAAGGUGUACCAAAUAAAUAAAUCCUACUCUUACUUUUAUUUUAUUAUAAUUAUUAUAAUUAAUAUUAUUCUUAUUAAUAUUAUUAUAAUUACUAUUAUUAUUUCUAUUUCUAUUAUUAUUAUUAUUUGGUGGCCUUUUUCCCCUUGAAAUAAAAAGGACAGAAACAAUAUAAGUUAAGUAUACUGUAAUUCAGGCACAUAAAUACAUACACUUAGACAUUUAAAAGUGAAAAAGUCAUACUUUUUUUGUGUUUAAAUGAAUUAUAGCUGUCUUUUGAAAUUGAAGUGUUAUAAAGAAAUAAGAUUGUGGCUGCUAUGAUAAAUAUUUUUCAGCCGAAGUCAAUUUCAAUUUAAUUAUUUCUCAAACAAAUUAUGUCAUUCUUAUUGGAAAAAACUUCAACUUUAGAAUUUUUUGAUCGCAUAAUUAAUUUUUAGUUUAGUGCUAAUGAAUUACAAUUUUCAUUUUUUAUUAAUGAUGUCAACCUUUAUGCAUUUCCUUUAAACUAUUUUCUGUAAAAUUGUAAUUAUAGAAUCAACAAUGCGAUUAUCAGUACAUAUACUAUUUGUAUAUUAAUUAAAUGGAAUAACAAAUUGG